CUUAUCAGAUCGACACAAUGGCGAUAUUCAGCGUCAGAUUUUGCCUGCCUGUUCUUGUUGCCUAUGUCAUCGUCAACAUACCGCUCGUUCAAGGUCGGAGUCUAAGACGACGACACGGACAUCACUCUCAUUCGAAUUAUUACAAUUUCGAGGAAUCGCUGCCACGAGAUUUAUCGGGACGUCUCGAUGACGAUCUGGAGUACUACCACGAUUUCCAAGGACAGAAGAAAAGUCGCGAAUACCCACAAGUUCUGGAUCGUUCCUUGGAGUACGAGGACUCGGAGGAGCGAGUACCAACGUCCUUCCGUCGAUACAAGCACGAGUACGAUUCGAGAGAUCGCGAGUCUUUACGAAAGGAUUUCCUGCGCAAGCACAACGACUUUGACGCGCUCCCGAUGAGAUUCGUUGCUAGGAGAAAACGUCACAACAAAUUUGCGACUGUCGCAAACUAUCGCAGAUUUAAUUCGAAAGACGUAACCUGGCAAUACGAAGAUGAAUUCAGGGAACAAGAAAAAGUUUUCGAAUUGGAAGUGAAGCAGGCGCAGAACAGCUCUAUUUGCAACUACACCGUGGAGUCAAUCCCAGACACCCGGGGUUCCCGGGUACCGAAGGAUCUGGAGCACGUGAAGUGCAAUCACAUCGGCAGCAGCUGUCAGGGCACCGGCACUUACUGCUGCAUACAGACCUACAGAAACAUCGAGGUAUCCUACGGCGACGGCGACACGGAGACGAUGAAGCUCUACGUUGGUUGCGUGUGUGCCCUUCAGGUCUUCGAUAGUAUGAUGAGCUCGGAGAUAUCCAUCAUUGAUUGACACCGAGAACUCGCUAGGGUAACUUGGGGGAGGCAGGGGAGCAGUGACGAUUCGCUUCGGUGAUGAAUUCGCCUCGGUGGCGACGAUCACUGGCGGUGAUCUUCGGACCGGCACGAAUCGAGCUAGACGCGUCUUCGAAGGAGACGGCGAUUGAAACCAAGCAAAAAA